UUUGACUGGUGGAGAGGGGAUCAGAUAUGCAGUUCUUCUUUCAUUCUUGAGUCGAGGGUGGCAAAACGAAGUGUCCUCAUCACGCCUCAUCAACCCACGGGCACAAGAGUACAGGUGGAGGCUUUUACCAACGUCGCUUAACCAUUACUUUUAGGCGACAACACCCGCGAUAAGAGCAGCAUGCGUCGGAUCUACCAGUCCAAGAAUGACUAUCUCGUCGGCCUUGUGGAUAUGGGGAGCAAUGGAAUCCGAUUCUCCAUUUCAGAUCUCUCCCCUCCUACUACCAGAAUACUACCAACAAUCUACAAAGACCGCUCUGGAAUAUCACUUUAUGACGCACAAUUCGACCCAGAUACUGGGGGGAAAAUUCCUAUCCCACUUCGUGUUAUCAAAAAUGUCACCGCCGAGCUCGAACGCUUCAGCCUUGUCUGUCAGGAGUUCGGCGUCCCAGAAGGCAACAUUUCACUCGUCGCAACUGAGGCCACCCGCACGGCACUCAACUCCGGCGAACUCCGAAGUCACAUCAGAGACAAGACAGGCCUGGAAGUCCAGAUGUUGACCAAAGAAGAAGAGGGCAAUGUUGGAGCAAUGGGUAUUGUAAGCAGUUUGCCGACCGUCAAAGGUCUUGUUAUGGACUUGGGAGGAGGAAGUGCUCAGUUGACCUGGAUCAUCUCUGAAGACGGCAUGGUGCGUACGAGUCCCAAGAUUGCAGUCUCGUUUCCCUACGGUGCUGCAGCCUUGACCAAAAGACUGGAGGAGUGUGAACACGCGGAUGACCCACACAAAGCCAAAGAGGAGUUCAGACGGGAAAUCAGCGAGCAAUUCCGCAAGGCGUUGAUCGAUCUGGAAAUUCCACCAGAGCUUACUGAUCGAGCUCGCAGGGAAGGUGGCUGGCACUUAUACUUGUCGGGAGGAGGCUUUCGGGGUUGGGGAUACUUACUCUUGCAUCAGUCGCAGAAACAUGGCAUGCACUAUCCAAUAUCAAUUAUCAACGGCUUCAAAGUCUAUAACGAGGAGCUGACAGACACUGAAAGGCUGAAGGAGGUGGCUCGAAAUGCUGAAAAGAUCUUUCGAGUCUCGGACCGACGCAGAUAUCAGGUCCCAGCAGUGGCUUUCCUCAUCAAUGUCCUAUCCAAUACUCUGCCACAGGGACCACUGGUUGCACGAUUCUGUCAAGGUGGUGUUCGAGAAGGAAUAUUGUUCCGCGACCUACCACGGUCGAUCCGAGCACAAGACCCCAUCGCCGUUGCUUCGGCGCCCUUUGCACGACCUUCCGCACCACAUUUCAAAACCCUGCUCCUCAAUGCUCUGCCGUCACCGGCAUACGGAAAAUCGGUCCCUGACUCAAUCACACAGCACAUCAUCGAAGGACUUGCUAACCUGUGUUUCCAACACGCCACAUUGAGCAAGGAAUUGGCCUCUUUUUCAGCGCUAUAUUGUACCAUAAGCGGCGUGCUAGCCCCCGCACAUUGCUUGUCUCACUCAUCACGAGCCAAGAUUGCUCUGAUGCUGGAAAGUCGAUAUGAUGGCGAGUUGCCACCGCGUGAAGACCAAUACAAGCGUCUCCUCGAAGACCUUCUAACGCCCGAAGAGGUUUGGUGGUGCAGAUAUGCUGGCACCCUAGCUUGGCUAAUCGGUCAGAUCUACCCGACCGGAGUUAUUGGGUCGAAGCUUAAGUUGUGGCUGUCUGCGCGGUUUGUCGACAACUUGGGCAAAGAGGCAGACAAGAAAGGGGUGGAAAUCACGAUAUCGAUCCCAAGGUCCGAGGAACGGGUUUUGCUUUAUUCCGAUGGCGACAGAGACGAUGAUGAAGACGAAGACGAGAAUCCCAUUGUUGGCAGGACACGGAUCGAAGGGUAUGCGAAGAAAGUGGCAAAGGUGGGAAAGAAGAAGAACUGGGUUGGAGGGAGAGAUGGAUGGGGUAUGAAGGUCGACGUGAUUGUCGCUGAGCAGUUGUCGUCGCAUUGAGAUUGAGGUGGGAGCUUUGAAAUUAGGGACCAACAGUACAUUCGCGAGAUGCACUCCACUAGCAGGCUCUGUCGUGAUAUAUGGCAUAUGGCCUAUGUUAGCCAACUGCGGAAGAAGGAAUUUGGUCUUUUCACGGACGAUGGGCGUUGAGGGGGUGUGUCUCAGCGUCAGAUCGAGCCUAACUUAGUAGACCUAGGUAGGAUGAUGAUACGGCAUCAGUAGGUGUGGCAAUACUCCGUAGUAGGGGUAAUGUUGGUUUAAGUUGUGCCCACCUGCCUAGAUCGAGC